AAACAAUUUUAAAAAUGAAUAAUACAAUACGAAUGACUUCAUAUACGGUAAGAUGAAGUAGAUAAAUAAUUAUUUGAGAUAUUCCGUAUAUAAGUUUAAAUGAUUCGAUCUGUGAUAAUCGAUUUUAAAUAUUGGUAUUCUGUUUGAUAUUGGUUGGGUACCACCAGGUUUUUUUUUGCCCACUAGUCUACGCCCUAGCACACAUCCUACUGAGCUACAGAGAAUUCAGUGAUUAAUUGCACACGAAGGGCCAAGUCUCAACCAAAAUGGCAGCGGGUCUUUCUACCUCUUGGUAUCCUCUUCCCCCGUCUUCUUUUUCUUCUUCGGGAGCUUCCAAAUCACUUCAAAUUCAGACUCAUUACGGCCAUUUCCAUCUCUAUAAACCCAUCAUCUGUGCCACAAUUUCACCCCUCGCCGGAGAUUAUAAUCGCAAUCAAAUCAUCGUCAGGAAUUUCCGGCGUUCCUUGCCCAGAGCUUCCCUUACCGGGCAAGACUCUGCUCCCCAAAUCAAUGGUAAUGAAGCAGAUGAGAACUAUGCUAUCAGUUUGACAUCCCUUGUCCAAGUUUACAAAGUGGCCAUUUUAAAUGGAGAUGUAAAAGCCGUGACAGAAAUUGAAGCUAUGAUGUGCCAGGUAGAAAAGGAGAAAACUAUGUUGGCUGAAAGAGUUUCUGCUUUGUCAGAUGAGAUUGGCUCAGGGAAGGCAAAAUAUAUCCGGUUGCAAGCUGAUUUUGACAAUUUCAGAAAAAGAUAUGACAAGGAGAAAUCAGCAAUUCGAGGUGACACUCAGGCAGAAAUCAUUGGGAAUCUCUUGCCAAUUGUGGACAAUUUUGAGAGAGCUAAGCAACAGAUUAAACUAGAAACAGAGAGGGAGAAAAAUAUAGGUACGAGCUACCAGGGCAUAUACAAGCAAUUUGUAGAGAUAAUGAAGAGUUUGCAAGUCACCAUGGUGCCCACUAUUGGCAAGCCAUUUGAUCCCACAGUACACGAAGCUAUUGCUCGAGAAGAGUCUCACGAGUUUCGUGAGGGAAUAAUAACUCAAGAAUUGCGUCGUGGGUUUAAACUUGGAAGCCGCCUAUUGAGACCCGCAAUGGUUAAGGUCUCAUCUGGCUCACGUAAAGGGAAACAAUGGGCAGUCGCAAAGAAAUCUGUUGGGCAGCCCGCAGCAACUCUUGGAGUUGAUGAUUGAUGCUGCUAUAGUGCUGUUACACUUUAAUUCAAUCAGAUUGAUGACCACCCCAACCUGCCAUUGUGGCACACUCUUUUGGUGAGUAGUCUAAUUAAAUGACUAGACAUCCAAAUUCCUAAGGCCUUAAAGUCCUUUGAAUUGUGUGGAGCAGAGUGUUGAGAUUAGUCAUUUAUACAAUCAGAACUGUAUAUCAAAGAAUUUUUCAUGCUUCAUACAUGGAAUGAAUGGAGUAUAUUUUU